AUGAAGGCUUUAUGGUGGGAGCCUUCUGUCUUACGCGUAUACUCGACGAUAGUACUUUUGGGCUACGUCCUCUCUCUGGUUCUCGUCUUCAGCAUCGUCUUCCUCAUCUCCGGCGACGAGCUCCAGUCAAGGGAGCGGGAAUUUCUUCUUUAUCUACUGGCCGCACUCUCCUUGAUCUAUACGGGUACCAUCCAACUAACAAUCUAUACGGCAGUGUAAAUAAAUAUCGGAGAUUCCUCUGCUGAUUCCGAUUUAGUAUGGGUUCAGGCAGGGCGAUCCCUUUGUGUUUUAAAAACCUCACCCACAGGGACUAAAAGAGGUAAAUAUCGUGUUCAUUGCUCGGGGGCUCUUCGGACAGGUGCGCUGGCGUCGGUGGGGGCUUUCGGCUUCCUUCGGGAGGAUGGGAGGCACGGAGUGGAGGCGCUCUGGCGAGCGGCUGCGCUGAUGGAUGAUAUGAAACUGGUGAGCUUCCUUGUCUUCUUCCUCUUGCAGGCGACGGCGCACCGCGUCCUCGUGAUCGGCGGCGCGUGGGAGGAUGAAAUCUGCUCGAUAAGGUUGCCAGCGGAGAUUUCGAUCUCCCCUAAGCCUGUGUUGGCCAGUGCAGUCUGGACGUUGGGCGCUUGCGGGUUCUUUGGGCAGGUGGGAAUUCUUCUUCAGGCGUGA